UCCAGAAGGGAGCAAUCAACGUGCGCGAUAACGUGGGGGAGGAGGUGGACCCGGAGCAGCUCAUCCAGGAGACGUGUCGGAGCUGCCUGGAGCAGGCCAAACUGCUGUUCUCUGACGGCAAAAAGGUUGUUCCCAGGUUGCCCCACGAGCAGGCAGUACCAAAGCGUGCCCGACAGAUGGAUGAAGAGCUGAAUCGUCGAGGGAGCCCCGUUCCCAAAAAGAGAAAGGGGCGGCCUCCAGGACAGAGCCUGUCGAACGAUCGCGGGGUCUCAGGCAUGGCUGCGUGGAAGCUCAAAGUCUCUGAGCCCGUGAGAAGGGAUGGACCAAAGUGGGAUCCAUCCCGACUGACUGAAACCACAACCUUUGUGCUGGGAUCUCGAGCAAACAAAGCUCUCGGGAUGGGAGGAACAAGAGGGCGACUCUACAUCAAGCAUCCCCACCUCUUUAAGUACGCAGCCGACCCGCAAGAUAAGCACUGGCUGGCAGAGCAGCAGCACAUGAGGGCCACUGGGGGCAAGAUGGGCUAG